CGAUCGCCUAUCACGCCGCUCGCCCGGGGCGCCGCUCUUUCUCUUUUCUCUCUUUUUCUCUGUUCGUCUGUUUCUCGCUGAUGCGGUCGCGCUGAGGCCGAUGCGGGCGCCGCCAUGCCGCGCUGCCUCAUGGCCAAGAAGUGGAAGGCGGCUCCGACAACCGAGCUCGCCGACGAGUCGGACGAGGAGAUCGACGUGGUCGGCGAGGGGCGCGGCCGGAGCCCCGCGCCCGCCGCCACCGCGCCGGGGCCGUCGCCGCGCGACCCCGAACCCACUCUCCUCUACAACGGAUACACCGAAGAGCAGCCUUCCACGCAGUUCACCGCCCAGCUGCCGAGCGAGGUGAGCCCGGCUCCUCCCGGCCCCGCACAGCCGGCGCCUCAGCCUGUCUCCUAUGCACUUCUGCAACUGUCCGCCUCCGACUCGGCCGACACGCCUUUCCUCCAAGUACAGCUCCAAUCUUCGCCUGUCUCCCCUCCUCCGCCACCGGCGAGCGGCAAGUCCAACUCCUUGUGUUACUCCAGCACGGGCACUCUUCUCUCUUUACCGCCCAAGAAGAAGGAUAUCUAUCGCCCCUAUUGCCUCGGCGACCGUGCGUUUCUCCAUCGGGCCGAGGAGGACCUCAACGCGGCGCAAGCGAUUCUCGACUUGAGCCAACACGCAGUUUUCCUAACGACACCGCCUCGAACCGAGCCAACGCCCAGCGAGCCGCCGCCUCCCCCGGCCGAGCCGCCGCAGGAGCAGUCGGCGGAGCGUCCGCGGGAGACGGUCGCGUACACCUACGACGCCUUCUUCGUGAGCGACGGGCGCUCCAAACGUCGAAACUACGCGAACGCUCCCGUCGAGAGCGCCCAGCAACCCGACCAAAAGUCGAAAUACACCUGCAGCGAGUGCGGCAAGCGCUACGCGACGUCGUCCAACCUGUCGCGGCACAAGCAGACGCACCGCAGCCUCGACUCGGUGUCGGCGAAGCGCUGCUCGGAGUGCGGCAAGGCCUACGUCUCCAUGCCGGCGCUCGCCAUGCAUCUGCUGACGCACCAGCUGUCGCACGUGUGCGGCGUCUGCGGGAAGCUGUUCUCGCGGCCCUGGUUGCUGCAAGGCCACCUUCGCUCCCACACUGGGGAGAAGCCCUACGGGUGCGCGCACUGCGGCAAGGCGUUCGCGGACCGCUCCAACUUGCGCGCGCACAUGCAGACCCAUUCGGCCGACAAGAACUUCGAGUGCCUGAGAUGUCACAAAACGUUCGCCCUCAAGAGCUACCUCAACAAACACCAAGAAUCGGCUUGCGUGCGAGACGACGACUCUCCGCCGCCGGAGCCGCCCGCCACCGCCGCCGUCUGAGGCGCGCGGCGGCCGCAACCAGGGACCGUAAUCACUGUUGUAACAUUUACAUAUAAACGUAAAGUAUUAAUGUGAAUUUAGUUUACUAGCGUAAUUAUUAUAAAUAUACAAAUUCUAAAAUAGGUAGAUGAGCACGACCGGCGCCGUCCGCGUCGUGCCGCAACCGAGCAACGUUUCGCAAACAACGAAUCACGUACGACCCCGUAGCGCCGCGCACGCGGCUCUAGGCCGUAGCGAUGACGUCCUGAAUAACGUUAACAUUGAAUUAUGUAUAUACAUGUCGAUAAAAUAUACCCUUAUAUACAUAGAAGUAAUGAAAUACGAAUGAAACUAAUAUCUUUUGUAGGUGAUUUUUACAAACAGCGAAGUAGGUUAGAAAGAAUUAGGGUGUAAGUAUGUAUGGAGGUGCGAGAAAAGAGCGAAGGCGGACGCCCGGGCGCGCCGCGUCGUCCGUCUCGGUGGGGAACUUGCCAAAACUUUCCGUCCGAAGCUCCCACAGCCGCCGCGCCGCGCCGCCGCCCGCGACAGUGCCUUAGCGGUGACCACGAGCCGCACCAUGCCGCGCCAUGCCGCACCGUGCCGCACUACGCCGCAUUCCCGCGCACCCCGCACCCCGCACCCCGCCCGACCCUCCUCAAUCGAUUCCCACAACGCAAUCGCUAUUACCAUUAACACUUAUCUUCCACUGCUCUUGAGAACUAUUCAUAUGGGUGUGCAUUGUAAUGAAAUUCUGAAUUAUUAUUUCGUUUUCAUAAAUAAAAUGCUACAUUCCUUCCUUUCCUUCCAAGCACCGCAUAUUAUUGGUUUUAGUUAAAAAUCAAAUUAAAUAUAUCAUUAAAUUUCAUUAAAAUAAAUGGUUAUGGACGGGCGGCGGGCGCGCCAUGCGACGGCUACAAGGGACGGGCUUCGCCGCGUCACUUAGCGAGCAUGCCUUUAGGUUGAGUGUAUUAUUAGUGUCGAGUCGAACGUAACUGGCAAUAAACUAGUUUAGAUUAAGGUAAUAUUAAUUGUAGGUUAGUGAGGUGAGCACGAGGUGCUCGGAAGAAAUGGGUAUUCGAAAAGCAAUAAUAAUGUAGGCACUAACGAGUCGCGCACCGCUGUCGAAUAGACGCAGCAGACUUAUUAUAUCCCCGUAGCGUUCCGUAGCUCUCGUAGAAGAGUAGCGUCGGCUGCGCAGCGAGGCGGAAUGGGCUACGCCGCAGCGUUCACCGUGCGCCUUAGUACCUAGAUUUCACGUCUAAACAAUGUUCACUGAUCUCGAAACACUAUAAGUCUAGGUAAAAAUUAACCUAAGCUCAGCUCGUCCAUUUAUCUACAGAAAAUGCCCCAAGCUACUGGAAAUAAAUUUCUAUAAUAGUGAAUCAAUGAUAAAAACCAUGAGAUCUAUUUUUCUCUAAGGUCAUCAUGUUUAGAUACUCGAAAUCUAUCAUCUUUGUCGUAGGCAAACUCGUACUAAGCUCGUAGUCCACAAAGUAUUAAUCGUAUUUUAUAUACGUAGAAUAUAGUAUUUUAUUUCGAAAUCGUCAACCCUGCGUUGCCGACGUCACUCUAUUGUAUUAGUUGAAGCCUCGCGAGUCAAUUGUUUAUCAGUGAAUUUCAUUUAACCCUGUCAAUUAAAAGAUCCUCUAUAAAAAGUUCCUCUAUUAAUUAAAUCAUUCACCAAAUAGCUGUACAAUAAAGCUUUUUUAAACUUAACAACAAACUUUCUAAUUAAUUAUGAGGAGCCUGAGUGUAUACAACCAAGUUAAAAGUGACACCAUAAAUACCGAGUGAAUUAUUAGACGUGCGGUCCCUUGCGAGACUGCUUUUCCACCAGAGAUGUAAUAUGCAGCAAUGUUGUGAGAGGGUCAAAGCUCAGGUACGUACGGUGUAGCCGAACUAGUAAGACGUGCUGUGAAAAUGCGCCGCCUCGAGAUAUGUGUGCAAGGUAGAGCGAUUCCAGCUAAGCGAUUCAUCAAUGAUAGGGAAAGCACGGGGCGAGCUGCACCACUCGCGCAUCUGUAGCUCCCAUCAAUAGCUCUCAUUCAUAGCACGCAUCCAUCCGUAUCAAAAACAUAGCUUCCUUGAACCCAUUUCCACCAAUGCUAACAGCUUAGUGGAGCAAGAAAAUGGUUGAUGGAUGUCACACAUCCAUAGCAACGUAGCAUAGCACAUCUCUGGGGGGAAAGCAUUAAUGAGACAUUUACGCAAACGCACAUGUCACGUUAAUAUAUUUAAGAGAAUACACUAGGAUCUCUGAAAAUUAUUAGUUUUUCAUUAUUAGGAAUCGUCAAUCAAUUAAAAACGUAGUGCCACAAUAAUUUACACUACCUGUCUUUAUACUCUACUUAUUUAUAAGUAAUGAUUUAUUUACACGAAAAAGCUUGACCUGACAAAGAUGGCGCGUAAAAAAGCAAUAUAAUGUUAAUGUAUAAGCAAUAUUACGGUAGAAUUUACGUAGUUUAUAUUCAUCGUUUAUUGAUAUUUGGUAGAUGUUUGGUGCUUUGGAGUACUUUAUGUAUUGAGAAAUUAAAGAAACGAAAUUAACAUCGAAUAUUAUGUAAUUAUAUUAUAUUGUGAUAUUGUUUUUCAAAAUUGAAUUAUCAUAUGUUAUACAACUUUACAUAAUAUUAUUAGUUCUAUUACUUAAAUAUUUUCUCUCUCGUAUGUAUUAAAAUUUCAAGCCAAUCGUGUAGAAUCUAGCGUUUGUACUCUUAAAAGUAAUCCUUCAAUUUACCCUUGUAAUAUUAAAUAUCUAUUAGCCCCAUUUUGACUUUGUAGAAAAAUGCUAAAGUAUUGGCUUAUAAAGAAACCUUAAUCGAAGAUAUUUUAUUCAAAUAUUUAUACUAACGUUAUUAUAGUUGUAGAAGUUAUAAGUACAUUAAGUUAGUUUUAGUGUAACAAUAUUAAUAUUGAUGAAACCAAUUUAUAUACAAAAAUAUAUACUGAUAUUUUAAUGUAAAUAUUUCAUGGUGUACCAAAUUCCCUUCUUUACAAGUAUAGUAGUAGUAUUAUAAUCCCUAUAAUAACUUAGUCAUGGUAGGAAAUCUAGAUAUCUAGACCGAGAGUCUAAAAAUUAAAAGAAAACAAAACUUUUGCUGAAAAUAAUGUUAUUCAAUUUGAAAAGAACAAUCAUUUUUUUUGUAAAUAAGCAGGUGUUAUUUUGGCAGCAGUCAACAAAGAUAAAACUUAAAUUUAAGAAAUAAAGAAUUUUUGUAAAAGAAAGCGUCAAUUUUGAAGAAAAUAACAUCCUGUAUUACAAAGUACAAAAAUUUCCAAUCAUUCUAAGUUAUUGAUAAUAAUUAUAAUUAUUGCAAUUAUAUUUGUACAUUUUUUGCAUAUUAUUAACUGGUAAUAUAUUUAUUACACUGUCUCAAAAUUUUUAAUUUAAAAAAUUAAAAAU